AGCCUGAUCGCCAAUCCCCAGCCCUCUCGGUGUCCCCCACCCUGGACCUCAGCCAUGAAGCCCCAUCCUGGGCCAGAGGAGGCCCGGCGGCCAGCUUCGGACAUCCGCGUGUUCGCCAGCAGCUGCACGAUGCAUGGGCUGGGCCACGUCUUCGGCCCUGGGGGCCUGACGCCUCGCCGAGGGCUCUGGGCCGCAGCCAUGCUCCUGUCGCUGGCUGCCUUCCUCUACCAGGUGGCUGAGAGGGUGCGCUACUACGGGGAGUUCCACCAUGAGACAGCCCUGGACGAGCGCGAAAGCCACCGGCUCACCUUCCCCGCCAUCACCCUGUGCAACAUCAACCCACUGCGCCGCUCGCGCCUCACGCCCAACGACCUGCACUGGGCCGGGCCCGCGCUGCUGGGCGUGGAGCCCGCUGAGCAUGCCGCCUUCCUGCGUGCCCUGGGCCGGCCCCCCGCGCCCCCCGGCUUCAUGCCCAGUCCCACCUUCGACGUGGCUCGACUGUACGCCAGGGCCGGACACGCCCUGGAGGAAAUGCUGCUGGAUUGCCGCUACCGAGGCUGGCCGUGCGGUCCCGAGAACUUCACCGUGAUCUUCACCCGGAUGGGUCAGUGCUACACCUUUAACUCCGGCGCGGAUGGGGCAGAACUGCUCACCACUCCCAAGGGCGGCAUGGGCAACGGGCUGGAAAUCAUGCUGGAUGUGCAGCAGGAUGAGUAUCUGCCCGUGUGGAGGGACAUGGAGGAGACCCCGUUUGAGGUGGGGGUCCGAGUGCAGAUCCACAGCCAGGAGGAGCCGCCCACCAUCGACCAGCUGGGCUUCGGGGCAGCCCCCGGCUACCAGACCUUCGUGUCCUGCCAGCAACAGCGACUGAGCUUCCUGCCACCACCCUGGGGUGACUGCAGCUCCGCACCUCUGGACCCCGACUUUGAGCCGGAACCUUCUGGUCCCCUAGGUCCUCCCAGCCCCAGCCCAGGCCCCCAAGCCCCCUAUAGUCUGAUGGGGUGUCGCCUGGCCUGUGAGGCCCGCUAUGUGGCGCGGAAGUGUGGCUGCCGAAUGAUGCAUAUGCCAGGCGGGGCGCCAGUGUGCAGCCCCCAGCAAUACAAGGACUGCGCGGACCCGGCGCUGGACGCCAUGCUGCGGAAGGACGCGUGCACCUGCCCCAACCCCUGCGCCAGCACGCGCUACGCCAAGGAGCUCUCCAUGGUGCGGAUCCCGAGCCGCGCCGCCGCCCGCUACCUGGCCCGGAAACACAACCGCAGCGAGGCCUACAUCGUAGAGAACGUGCUCGUGCUGGACAUCUUCUUUGAGGCCCUCAACUAUGAGACCGUGGAGCAGAAAAAGGCCUAUGAAGUGUCAGAACUGCUCGGUGACAUUGGGGGCCAGAUGGGGCUGUUCAUCGGGGCCAGCCUGCUCACCAUCCUUGAGAUCCUGGACUACCUCUGUGAGGUGUUCCAAGACAGGGUCCUGGGAUACUUCUGGAACCGGAAGCACUCCCAAAGGCACUCUAGCACCAAUCUGCUUCAGGAAGGGCUGGGCAGCCAUGGAACCCAAGUUCCCCACCUCAGCCUGGGCCCCAGCACAGUGGUCUGGGUCUCACCAGGCCCCCCACCCCUCCCUGUGCCGUCACCAAGACUCUGUCUGCCUCCCACCGCACCUGCUACCUCGUCACACGCCUCUAGACCUGGCAUCUGUGUCUUCCGGGCUGCACCUUGACAUCUUGGACUGGCCCAGCCUGCACAUGUCUCUGCCCUCUUCACCCCAAAUAAAGUUCUAGUGC